AUUUAACCAAAAUGAGCCACAGAAAGUAUUGUAGCCGCCAUUGUAGUAGUCUUAUUGACACUGUAUAGUGUUUUCAGAGUUUAUCCAAUGUUUGUAGAGUUUGUGAAAGAAGUCAACUUAGCCAUAGCUGUGUGAUGGUGUGUCUUUAUUGUGUUGACAGCUCACUCAUGUCAGGACAUGAAGUGAAAGCAGAAGCAUAACUUUCUCUCCGGCUGACCAGGCAGGAUCCAUUUUGAGACGGCAGAGAGGUAAUGGAAAACAUUGAAAGCUAGCCAUAGAGAAGACAACACCGUCAGCUGAUAUGGUCAGAAGUUAGUCCUGGACGGACUUGGUCUGUCCCAUAGGAAAGGGGGCAUGGCUUGCAAAACAAGUCUCUCUGGGGAGAGAGAGAGAGAGGAGGCCUCCACCUCCAAAAUGAGUGUCCUUACAGACCACCCCACACCUAUUGAAGCUAAGAGGUUGAAGCAGCAGCGAGAAGAGAUAAGAUCAGUCUCACCUGUGCCCAGCUGUGUGUCCAUGAAGAGUGAUCGGUCUAUGACGCAACCAAUGAAGUUCUGUGAUGAAGCGUUUACAGAUCAAAGGUUGAAGCAGCAGCGAGAAGAGAUAAGAUCAGUCUCACCUGUGCCCAGCUGUGUGUCCAUGAAGAGUGAUCGGUCUAUGACGCAACCAAUGAAGUUCUGUGAUGAAGCGUUUACAGAUCAAAGGUUGAAGCAGCAGCGAGAAGAGAUAAGAUCAGUCUCACCUGUGCCCAGCUGUGUGUCCAUGAAGAGUGAUCGGUCUAUGACGCAACCAAUGAAGUUCUGUGAUGAAGCGUUUACAGAUCAAAGGCUUCAACAGGAGAGAUCAGAGUCUCCUGUCCUCAGCUGUGGGUCUAUGGCAGAAAUCGACGACAGGCUCAAAUCCAAGCUGAAGAGAACGUUUCAGUGUGUGUUUGAGGGGACAGCACAGCAAGGAAACCCUACACUUCUCAAUGAGAUCUAUACAGAGCUUUACAUCACAGAAGGUGGAAGCGGAGAGGUCAACAAUGAACAUGAGGUGAGACAGAUUGAUACACUAUCCAGGCGACUAGCAACACAAGAGACACCUAUCAAAUGCAAUGACAUCUUUAAACUCUUACCGGGACAAGACAAACAUGUCAGAACUGUUCUGACAAAAGGAGUUGCGGGGAUCGGAAAAACUGUCUCUGUGCAGAAGUUCAUUCUAGACUGGGCCGAGGGAAAAGCUAAUCAGGACAUCCAGUUGAUAUUCCCUCUUCCUUUUAGGGAGCUGAAUUUGAUGGAGGGGAAAAAACACAGUUUGGUAGAACUUCUUCAUUGUUUUUUCAAGGAUACAAAAGAAUCCGAAAUAUUAAUUAAUGAUGACUUCAAAGUUCUCUUUAUCUUUGAUGGUCUGGAUGAAUGUCGACUUCCUUUAGACUUCCAGAACAAUAACAGUCUGAGGGAUGUCACAGAGACAACCUCAGUGGAUGUGCUGCUGACAAACCUCAUCGAGGGGAAUCUGCUUCCUAAUGCUCUCCUCUGGAUAACAUCCCGACCUGCAGCAGCCAAUCGUAUUUCUCCCGACUGUGUUGACCAGGUGACAGAGGUACGAGGGUUCAAUGACCCACAGAAGGAGGAAUACUUCAGGAAGAGAAUCCAUUCUCCGAACCUGGCUAGCAGAAUCAUCACGCACAUGAAAUCAUCAAGGAGCCUCUACAUCAUGUGCCACAUACCAGUCUUCUGUUGGAUUGCAGCAACUGUUCUAGAGAGGCUGUUGGGUGGUGCAGAGAGUGGAGAGAUCCCCAAGACGCUGACACAAAUGAACCUUCACUUUCUGAUCUUUCAGACGAGGUUAAGAAACAAGAAAUAUCCUGGGAGAAGUGGGACAGAUCCAGAGUGGAACACGGAUAAAGAGAUGAUUCUGAAACUGGGCAAACUGGCCUUUGAACAGCUGGAAAAGGGCAAUCUAAUCUUCUAUGAGGAAGACCUGAGAGAGUGUGGCAUUGAUGUCAAAGAAGCAUCAGUGUACUCAGGAGUGUGCACACGAGUCUUCAGGGAGGAGUGUGGGCUGAACAAGGGGAAGGUAUACUGCUUUGUGCAUCUUAGCAUUCAGGAGUUUCUCGCUGCUUUAUACGUGUUUCUCUCUUUUGUGAACAACAACAGAAAUCUAAUGUUGAAACAGCAAUCCAAGUCCACACCUACAAUCGACCUCUACAAGAGUGCCGUGGAUCAAGCCAUUCAGAGUGCCAAUGGACACCUGGACCUGUUUCUCCGCUUCCUUCUCGGCCUUUCACUGAAGUCCAAUCAGACUCUCUUAAGAGGCCUACUGGUACAGACAGGAAGCAGCUCUCGCACCAAUGAGGAAACGGUUGAGUACAUCAAGGAGAAGAUCAGGGAGAAUCCCUCAUUGGAGAGAUGCAUUAACUUGUUCCACUGUCUAAACGAGCUGAAUGACCAUUCUCUAGUGGAGGAGAUCCAAAGCUACCUGAGCUCAGGAAGUCUCUCUGAAGAUCUCUCUCCAGCACAGUUGUCAGCUUUGGUUGUUGUGGUGUUGACUUCAGAAGAGGAGCUGGAUGUGUUUGAGCUGAGAAAAUACUCCAGAUCAGAUGAGGGUCUUCUGAGGAUGCUACCGGUGGUCAAAGCCUCCAGAACAGCUGUGCUAACUUACUGCUACCUCACUGAGAGAUGCUGCAAAGCCCUAGCCUCAACUCUCAGCUCGACCUCAUCGGGUCUGAGAGAGUUGGACCUGAGUAAAAAUGACCUGAAGGAUUCCGGAGUGGCACUGCUCUCCAUUGGACUGGGGAGUCCACAAUGUAAACUUGAGUCACUGAGGCUCUCCGGUUGUAGAGUCACUGGGAAAAGCUGUGCUUCUCUGGCUUCAGCUCUGAAGUCAAACCCCUCCCACCUGAGAGAGUUGGAUCUGAGUGGGAGUAAUCCAGGAGACACAGGCGUGAGCCUGCUCUCUGCUGCACUAGAGGAUCCACUCUGUAAACUGGAGACACUGAGGCUAUCACGUUGUAGUGUCACAGAGGAAGGCUGUGCUUCUCUGGCUUCAGCUCUGAGGUCAAACCCCGCGAACCUGAGAGAGCUGGACCUGAGCUGCAAUUAUCCAGGUGACUCAGGAGUGAAACUGAUCUCUGCUUUACUGGAGGAGCCACACAAACUGAAGACUCUGAGGCUGAAUACCUGUAAACUUACUGAGAACUGCUGCCAAGCUCUGGCUUCAGCUCUCAGCUCAAACUCCUCUAGUCUGAGGGAGCUUGACCUGAGUAAGAAUAAGCUGCAGGAUUCAGGAAUGACGCUGCUCUGUGCUGGACUGGGGAAUCCACACUGUAAACUGGGGAUGCUAAAGCUGUCGGAGUGUGGAUUCACAGACAAAGGCUGUGCUUCUCUGGCUUCAGCUCUGAGGUCAAACCCUUCACAUCUGAGAGAACUGAAUAUGAGCUGGAACUACCCAGGUGAAUCAGGAGUGAAGCUGAUCUCUGCUUUACUGGAGGAUCCGUGCUGCAAACUGAAGACACUGAGAUUAAGUCCAUGGGCCAGAGACUGGUGACAGAACUGGAGGUUGGAAGGGCAUCCCAGCCAAGCAGAGCGGAUGUCUAGUUACUGUUAUUGGUUAACUUGCUUUUCAGAGCCGGAAAGCUGCUUUCACUGUCCAAACAGGAGGAAACAAAAUAGCCUGUAUGGAUCUCAGUGGCAGAUGUCCUGAAUAUCACAUCCCUAUUCUAAUAGUAUGUACUUAGGUGGGACCAAGUCAUUGUUUUGUAAGACUCAAGUCCCAAGUCAAGUCUCAAGUCAAGACCGUCAAGUCUCAAGUCCUAAACUUUGAGUUU